GCGAUUCCCUGCGUGGUGUACUCUGGCGGUCUGCAGCUGAACGUGCUCUGAUGUUUUCGAUCCCUGGAUGGAGAGAAGAGGGCAAGGGCAAGGAGGAGUUUCAUCCUUUGCAGGAUUUCUGUAAGCAUUGGUUGCCAGAAGCAGACGAGAUGGAGUGUCUUGAUUUGUUGACCAACACACAGCGCCCUGUCACGUGGAAGCUCGAGCAAGUCGCGAGACGAUUGGACUGUUCACCCACGUUUUCUGGUGUGCAAGAAGCCUUAGCCAAGCGCUUACUGCGAUCUUUCCCUGAGGAUGCAGGUGACUGCCUACAGAAAUUCUGCUGUAGAUUGUGUCCAACCGACUGCGCAGAUGCAAAGUCCUUCAAAGAGCACGUCGCACAGGAGCACGCUGGCGUCGGGCUGCAAGAUACUCCCCGGAUGCUGAUUGAGUAUCGCAAGAAGAUUCUCGUACCAGGUAUGAGCAGACAGAGGACAAUAGCUGCCAACUUUGAUGAGCGCUUGCGUUGCCCUGCAGGCACGAGUGAGGAGGGCCGAAUGGAAGCUGCCUGUGUGGUGUGUGCUCGACGUUUUUGGGCGCAUGAGUUGAACAAGGUGCUACUCUUCACCGAUCCUGCCCAAGCAGAAGGGCUACCACAGCUCCCGGAUGGAGUGGAUGCAGCAGUCCGUCCAUCCCAGCAGCAUCGACUGUGCCGCCUGCUGGGAGUUCCACGCUAUGCUGAGCGCUGGCCGCACAUUGCUUUGGAGGAGUUGCAGAAGUCUGCCGUUGAACAUCCUUUCCUCCCAGGUGAAUAUGUGCUCUUGCACCGGCGGCGCAUGCCGGAAGACGCACGACAGCCGUCCCCUGUUUGCCGGGACUGCCGCACCAGCCUGACAGCCCAGGUUCUGACCUUGCCGCGCCACGCCCUGGCGAAUGACCUGUGGCUUGGCAGAGCCUUGCCAGAGCUUCGUUCCCUCUCCGCGGGGACGAAGCGGCUCUUGCCCCUGGUGCGUGUGUGCAUGCAGGUCACCGUCCUGCAGCCGGUGGUGCUUCCCCACGCCGAACGGCAGAAGGGCUUCAUCGGGAACACCAUCUUUUUGCCGCAAGCUAGUCCUUCCUCAGUCGAAGCAGUGUUGCCACCCCGCGCAGAGGACAUGGCCGAGCACAUCUUGUUCGUCUUGGUGGGCCACAACAGAGGCGACCUGCGAUCGUCGGCCACGCUGCAGGCACCUCGAGAGGAAUACGUUGCCGCUGUCGAGCGCCUCCGACAAACUUCCAAGUACUACGCGGAGGCAGCGGUCGAUCUCAGUCGAUGGUCUGGCCAGGAGGAGACUAUGUUUGAAGGCUGUGUCCUUGAGACGGACGCAGACAGCUAUUUGGCGAGAGAGCUCUUACAACGGGGACCGGCGGACGCUCAAGGCCAAGAGAGCAGCCAGCAGGAGGAGGACGACGCUGGCAUGGCGGAGGACGCUGCGGAGUCCGGCGAGCGAGCACACGAAGACUCAGGACAGUUGCGUUUGGUCUGUGGGUUGGUAGGUCAUCUGAUUUCCAGCAUAGUCGGCCUGAAUGACACCUCGGACGAUGAGAAUCGUUGGUUGCGGGUUUGCCGAGAUGUGGAGGAUCUGUGUCGUCGAAAGCCUCGACAGUAUGACACUGAUGCAGAGCUGGUCGUGCGCAAUCGGGCCAACAAUGACCUGGGUGUGGGUGCUGCGCAGAUGGAAGGAGCAAAUCUACUGGGUCGAGAAGGCGCGCACGAACGUGGAGUCCUUCGUCGCAUCCGCCAGGUCCAGACUGUGGCCGCGCAUGGGGUGGAGACAGAGCGACAAGCGCAAGGGCAGAUGUUUGAGGUCAGGCCACAGAAGUUGGUUGUGCCUUCUCGAGAUACCCCUCUGAGCAUGUUUGAGCCAGGGACCUGGGCAAUGGCUUUUCCUACGUUGUUCCCUUGGGGUGACGGGGUGCCUUUCUUGAAGAGGGAGACGAGCAUGGAAGCUUCUGAAGU